AUGUACGAGUUUCUCAAUUCCUCUCCCUCUCCACAGCCUCUCUCUCCACAUCUCACACUCAAACAAUCAUCCUCAUGCGUCACGAUCAAUUCCUACACCUUUCAUGACAAUGGCGAUGACCAUGUCCAUACCGAUUCUGUCACUUGCUCACCCGCCAGUCCUUCUCGUGCCGCACAACUCCUGCGUCUCGGAUUGAGUUCUCCUGCUCCUACUCCUCUUAUUAACCAACUUUCGCCCUCUAGUAACGCCCGCACCCGAGGCCAGUUCAAGCCGCAACGCACAAACAAGGGCACCACAAGCUACCAGCUACGCCAGUUCGCCGAGGCUACUCUUGGAAGCGGGAGUCUGAGAAAGGCCGUGAAACUGCCUGAGGGCGAGGAUCUGAAUGAGUGGCUUGCAGUCAAUGUUGUCGACUUCUACAACCAGAUCAAUCUCCUCUACGGCUCUAUCACGGAGUUCUGCUCUCCACAAUCAUGUCCAGAAAUGAAGGCAACUGAUGAGUUUGAAUACCUGUGGCAGGACGCCGCAACAGGAUACCCCAAGCCCACAAAGAUGCCUGCACCAGAGUACAUCGAACACCUGAUGACCUGGGUGCAAUCGAACAUCGACAACGAGUCGACUUUCCCCUCGCGCAUCGGCGUCCCCUUCCCCAAACAUUUUCCUUCCACAGUUCGCCAGCUUUUUAAACGCCUGUACCGUGUCUACGCCCAUAUCUACUGCCACCAUUAUCAGGUUAUUGUGCAUUUGGGCCUCGAGCCUCAUUUGAAUACCAGCUUCAAACACUAUGUCCUUUUCAUCGACGAGCAUGGCUUGGAGAAAGGUGGCGGCAAGGAUUACUGGGGCCCGCUUGGGGAUUUGGUCGAUAGCAUGUUGCAGAGUGAUUGA